AUGAGCGGUCGAACCGAAGCAUGCGUUCGUCCUGCGGCUGAUGGUGAACAGCCGCUGGAGAAGGCCAAGGGGCUCAAUCCGGGCACACCUACGGCCAGCUCUCCACCGGCCGCCAGCCAGUGCCCCUUCCUGGCAGGCAUGGGCGGUGUGGGCGUGGCAGCCGCGGCAGAAGCUGGGGCGGAGCCCGCCGCAGCAGCGCGGCAGGGCGCAGCGCCCGACGCCGACGCUCCAGCGCCAGCAGUAUGCCCGCUGGGAUUUGGCAGCAGCGCCCAGGGCCCACGGCUGGGCCAGUUCCACUGCCUGCUGUGCAAGUCGCUCUUCUUCGACUGCGUGGUCACCAGCUGCGGCCACCGCUACUGCGCCGGCUGCAUCCGCGACGCGCGCGACUGCCCCGCCUGCGGCGCCGACAUCACCAGCCUCGCGCCCGACCCGCAGACCCAAGAGCUUGUGGAGCGGUACAUCGAGGUCCAUGCGGGCUCCAGUACCAUCUGGGAGCUGGAGGGUCCCCCUGGAGCUGCCCAGAAGGUGGAGGGGAUGGCGGGGGAGCGCAGCCGCGCCUCCUUCCUGCUGCAGCUGGGCCUGCGGGCCAUCGCCACCGGCAACACAGGCAGCGCACGCCACCGCUUCCAGGCAUGCCAGCGCCAGCUGCAGCAGCAGCUGGCGGCGGUGCAGCAGCAGACUUCCGGGGGAGGCAGCGUGCUGCCCGAGGUGGCGGUGAUUCAGUGCAGGCUGGGCGCCGUGAGCGGCUGCCUGGGUGACUGCUGCCGCGCCGAGGGCGACGCAGACGGUACCCUGCGCCACUACCAGUGCAGCGUGGAGCUGCUGCGGGCGGCAGGGGAUGACCCCGAGGCCCAGCAGGCUCUGUCGGUGUCGCUGAACAAGGUCGGAGAGCUGCGGCACAUGCAGGGCGAGCUGGAAGCGGCGGCCGAGCUCUAUGCCCAGGCCCUGCAGCUGCGGCGUGGCCUUCUGGCAGCCACACAGCUGCAGCGGGAGGCGCAGCAGCAGGCGCAGCAGCAGGCGCAGCAGCAGGAAGACAGCGGGCCAGAAGCGCGCGAGCCGGCGGCGGCGGCGAGGGCGGCUGCCGACAGGGAGGCGGCCUGCUGCUCCGCGGCGCUGGACCUGGCUGCCAGCUGCAUCAAGCUGGCGGGGGCGCGCCGCGAGCUGGGGGGAGAUGCCGAGGCGCAGGAGCUGCUGGUCGAGGCGCAGGGACUGCUGGCGCGGCUGGAGGCGGGGCUGGCGGGGCAGCCGCCGCUGCUGCAGCGCAAGCACGCCAGCCUGGCAGAGUAUGUGGGGGCCAUGAUGGCGGCGCCGCAGCCAUAGGUCAUCGAUCCCGAUAGAGAAAUACAGUGUCGGCUGUCUUGGUGGAAUUGAAGUCUGACGGGACGCACAUAUG